CAAGAGAGGAGUGAUGCAAGCUAGAUUUCAGUCAAUAAUGCAUGCAGAUGAAAGUCACAUGCACGUUUCGUCUUUGUCAUUUUCCGGCAGCAAAUAAUUUGCCCAAAUAAAUAUGAAAAGAGAAAAUAAAAAGCCAAUUAAGAACCCGGCCAGCCAAAUCACAAGUAGCUAGUAGCUAGCAGCAACUUUAAUUUGCCAUGGCCGAGUUGGUGAAGAAAUUAGCCGUAAAGGUCACGCUUAUUAUCUUGUUUUUUGUGAUGGGGCAUUACUCGGAGCAAGUUCAUGAUCUUCCACAGUCUGGGGCUAUGCAGAACAUCAUGCGGCAGCUGAGAUCCCCGGCAGAGCUAAGCAGCUGGAGCGAUUUCUGCAACAUUCCACUCCCAAUCCUAACCCUCGUUUGCUAUGGGGAGAACAUAACGCAGCUUCAUAUCACUAGCCAAUUCCUGCCCCGAGAUAUCUCCACUUCCGCCCUUUUCUCCAAUCUCCAAGGCCUCCCUGACUUGAAGGUCCUCUCUCUAGUGUCUCUGGGUCUCACGGGCCCUCUCCCCUCAAGCAUUGGGCUUUUAUCUUCUUUGGAGAUUCUGAACAUAAGCUCAAACUGCUUCAGUGGUAGCCUUCCUGUGGAGAUGUCGUCUCUCAAGAGCCUCAGGACACUUGUCUUGGACAAUAACAGGUUCGCAGGCCAGGUCCCUGAAUGGCUGGCUUCACUCCCUGCUUUGACUCUUCUGAGUUUAAGAAAUAACUCUUUCACUGGUUCACUGCCCAAUUCUUUGGCUACUUUAGAACCAUUAAGAACCCUUGUUGCUUCUGCAAAUAAUCUGUCCGGGAAUCUGCCCGAUUUUCACAAAUUGAGAAAUCUCCAGGUUGUUGAUUUGGAGGGCAAUGGUUUUGGGCCCAAUUUCCCCAGCCUGCCAACAAAGUUAGUGUCUUUGGUGUUGAGGAAGAACAGGUUCGGGUUUGGGAUUCCAGAUGGAGUAGUCAAGUGUUACCUGUUAAAAAAGAUGGACGUUUCUUUGAAUGAGUUUGCGGGGCCCUUCCCCCCAUCUCUGUUGACAAUGCCAUCGAUCGAUUAUCUGGAUGUUUCUGGUAAUAAACUGACGGGGAAGCUCUUCAAGAACAUGUCAUGUAACCCGGAACUCUGGUAUGUGGGACUGUCAUCGAACCGCUUGACCGGGGAAUUGCCCGAGUGUUUGGAGCCGGGAAACGGUCACAUAAAGGUUUCAUACUGGGGCAAUUGUUUGUCAAAUAAUGCAGAUCAAUGGCAGCAUGGUUAUGAGUUUUGUCGCAAUGAAGCAAUGGCUGUGGGAGUUGUUCCUAGGAGGAAACAUGAGGAGAAAAAGGGACGUACUAAAGCCGUCCUCAUCGCGUCGAGCAUCAUAGGGGGGCUUGUUGGAGGGGCGGCGCUCAUUGGAUUGGCGGUCUUCUUUUGUGUAAAAGAGAAAUUUGCUGACAAGACGCCGCGUGUGAGGCAGAUCAUGGAAGACGUGUCACCCGCGUACACGCUGAAGCUACUAAAUGACGCCAGGUAUAUUUCUGAAAGCAGGAAGUUGGGACUGCUGCUUGGCUUCCCCCCUUAUCGAACUUUUGGUUUGGAUGAGCUAAGGGAGGCUACUAAUAACUUUGACGCAUCCAAUAUAAUAGCCGAAGGCUCUUGUGGUCAGAUAUACAAAGGCUUGCUAACCGACGGAACUGUGGUUGCUAUAAGAGCCUUGAAGAUGAUGAAGAAACAUAGCAUCCAACACUACACUCACCAACUUGAACUCAUCUCCAAAAUCAGGCAUUGCAACUUAGUUAGUGCUAUAGGCCACUCCUUUGAGUAUUAUCAGGAGGAUAAUAAUCAUUCAUGCGUCACCACAAUAUUUCUUGUAUUUGAAUUUGUGCCCAACAGAACUUUGAGAGAAGCCAUUUCGGAUGGGCAAAAGUUUUCUUGGUCACAGAGGAUGGCGGCUGCGUUAGGAAUAGCAAGGGGAAUCCAGUUUCUUCACACAGGGAUAGUUCCUGGCAUCUUCUCAAAUGAACUCAAGAUAACAAAUAUCUUACUGGCGGAUCAUCACAUCCAUGUCAAAAUCAGCAAAUACAAUCUCCCUUUGUUAGCAGCAGCGGCAGCUGAGAAUAAUAAGUGUGAUUUUAAGGAAAAAGAUGAUGUCUAUGGCUUUGGAGUUAUUUUACUUGAGAUGAUAGUGGGGAGGAAAAUCAUAACUGCAAAUGACAUUGAUCUCUCCAAAGACAUCUUAUAUGUAAGCUUAGCAGCUGAUGAGCUAGCACGGCGAAGCAUUGUGGACCCCUCAAUCUGCAAGGAAUGCUCUGACCACUCGCUGAAAACCAUGAUGGACCUUUGCUUAAGGUGUGUUUCGAACCAUGUGUCGGGUCGUCCAUCCGUGGAGGACCUAAUCUGGAAUGUGCAGUUUGCCGCUCAGCUUCAGGAAUUGUGGCACCGGGACUCCAAGCCUAGAUGAUUCAUUAGAGUGAGUAAUAUAUGAGCUGAGGGCUUGGUAUUGUACUGAGCCAAAUUAAACAUAUAAAAAGCAGACAUUUCAAAAAUUUAUUUGAAUGCUUCCCCGAUCGAUUUUUUUAGCUGAAAUGUUUUGUGGAUAAACUAGAUUUGAUGAGGAAAGUGCCCAAAAAAUAUCAUCAAAAAAUUCCACCAGAAACCGCCCCAAACGGCGGCGGCCGGACGGAAUAUCCUGUCCCUCCGGCUGGACAAGAUUUUUUCCGUAUAUAUAUAUAUAUAUAUGUGUGUGUGUGUGUGUGUGUGUGUGUAUGGAAGAGUUCAAAUAAAAAGUGAUCUUCCCGUGCAAAGUACAAAUUUUCACUUUUGCAUGUUUCGCUUGCACUUUUGCUUAUUUCCGCUGCACUUUUGCACAAUUGCGAAUUUUGUCAAAACCGACCAAAAUGACGGUGACAGUUUUGUAAAUAACUCGGUUUUUUUCGCUACCGCAAAAAAGUGCAACAAGAACAUGAAAACGUGCAAGCGAAACAUGAAAAAAUGCAAAUUUCGCACUUUGCACGCAAAGACCACUUUUUAUUUGAACCAUCCCCUAUAGUGAGAACCCCUUUUAGAAUGAGAACUCAUUUUAAAAUGAGAACUUCUAAUUUCUACCAUUAAUUUCUAUCAUCAAUGGUUAAUAAUGACAAGGUUGAUUAAUUGCAUAAGAAUCCCUUUUGAAUUUGGGUAAUUAUGAAUAUGACCCCAUGUGAAUCAUAAUCAUUGAUAACAAUAAAUGAAAGAUUGAGAUUUAAAGUUCUCAUUAUAAAGAGUUCUCACUUUAGGAGGGGUUCUCACUAGAACCCUCCCCAUAUAUAUAUAUAUAUAUAUAUAUAUAUAUAUAUAUAUAUAUAUAUAUAUAUAUAUAUAUAUAUAUAUAGAUGAGAGAUCAAAUGCAAACCCAUCCUAAUAUGCUAACCUCCAAACCUAAUCCUAACCCUCCAUCUAAUUAGAUAACCGUUCGGUUCUACACGUUUGAAGACAUCAAGCAUAUUACACAGAAGGGUGUUUUUGUCAAUUGACUUAAAUCUAAUAAUGGAAGAAUCACGUUCCAUUCCAUAACCGCCUAUACUCUCGUUAGAUCCAUUCCAUCUUUGUGAUUCUCAAUAAUUCCCUUCCAUCUCUGCGAUUAAUAUCUAGUCGUCUCCUUCAUUUCUCUGCUUCUGUUCGUCUGCUACAAAUAUCAAAGCCUCUGGUUAAUCUCUUUCAAUCAUUGUCAUCGAACGCCAUGGAAUCCAGUAUUCUGUAUGAACUCAAUCCAAUUUUAUACUGAAAAUUUGUGGUUAUCAUCUUUCGAUGUAUUCAUGAAUCACUAUGCGUAAGAUUUUAUUUAUUUGAUUGAUGUGUAUAUUAAAUGUUGAUUGUGUCAUCUUCCUUGUCUUUUUUGUUUAAUUACUUUACUUUAAUUCGUUAAACUUCAUUUUACAUAUGUGGCCUUCGUUAAUUUGCUUUUUGUUGAUGUUAAUUUCUAAACAAUUUCUAGGACCACAGAGAAGGGAUGAUCCUGCUUAUAAGGAUUUUCAUCACAAAUUUGUUCUGAAGGAAGGGUACGGUGUUUGAGGAGGUACACGGUCAAUUAGCAGGUUAUGCAGUCAAUUCCCAGAGCAUUGGGGUGAAUUUUUAUUAUAUAGAUGUAGGCAUCAAGUUCUACAAAGAGUUUGCAUCUAUAGUUUGUCCCAAAAUGAUAGCAGGGAUUACUUUGUAUAGUAAAAAGGAUUUGAUAAUAUGAAUAAGUUUAUGUAGUUAUGUUGUUUUGUUAUUUUUGCAAUGUAUUGGUAUGUAAAUUGUAAACAAAUUUGAGAAAUGAAUCUAUUUCUACCUUUUCUUCAUUGUAAUUUAUGUUUUGAACUAUAUGUACACAUGUGUGUCACUAACUCUCAUCCAUUUUCGUAUUACAGUUUGCACUUUACAACA